AUGCCCACCACUCUCUCACUUCCAUGCCUCUCCUCUUCUCUCUGCACACACAUUCACACUCACACCCUCACUCUCAACUACCAUUACCGUUCUUGUUUCAUCUUCGCACCCCACACACGCUCUCACUUCCUCAUCCCAUGCUCCUCCCUCAGGCAGACGCAGAGAGACCGCAAAAAGCAAUUGGGGAGGAAGAUCAACACCGCCCCCACCGACUCUGCCUUAAAGCGCUUGUUUAGCCCCAACGACUCCCAAGGCGACGGUGACGCCUCCGACAAGACCGAUUCCGACCUUGACUUCCAGGACUCUACCGCCCUCAAGGGCACUCUUUUGGCCGGUUUCUUGCUCCUCGGUGUCAUUGGCGGUUUUGCCUCCGUUGGCUACAUCUACCGGGACAACAUCAAUUCCUUCUUAAACCAACUCUCCCUUUUUAUCGAAGGUUAUGGCCCUGUUGGAUAUGCAUUAUUCGUUGCCGUUUAUGCUGGAUUGGAGAUCCUUGCGAUUCCUGCCAUUCCUUUAACCAUGUCAGCUGGACUUCUAUUUGGAUCCGUUGUUGGCACUAUCAUAGUCUCUAUCAGUGGAACGGUGGCAGCCAGUGUUGCUUUUCUAAUUGCAAGAUAUUUUGCUCGUGAGCGUAUUGUAAAACUAGUGGAAGGAAAUAAGAAGUUUCUUGCUAUUGACAAAGCAAUUGGAGAAAAUGGCUUCAGGGUUGUGACCCUGCUUCGUUUGAGUCCUCUGCUGCCAUUUUCUUUGGGGAAUUAUUUAUAUGGAUUGACAUCUGUUAAGUUUAUUCCAUAUGUAUUGGGCAGUUGGUUGGGGAUGCUUCCGGGAACAUGGGCUUAUGUUAGUGCAGGUGCUUUUGGAAGAGCAAUAAUUUUGUUUAUUGCCAAUAUAAAAAAAAAACUUGCUGCAAAGCCAGUUUUGUGUACCUUUGGCAGAAACAAUGGAAAACUGAGAAGGUACCACCAUCACUUGCCUCAAGAUUUCUGGUCAGUCUACACUCUAGGGUGCUGCUGCCAGAAAGCUGUUGAUGCACCUCCAUGA